AUGCAAGAUGCAAGAUGCAAGAUGCAAGAUGCAAGAUGCAAGAUGCACGAUGCAAGUCUGCAAGCCUGCCCCCUGCCGGAGACUUGCGACUAUGGAAAAUUUCCUUCUAGAAGCCCAGGGGUGGAUCCUUCUGGUGCCCGAGUGUUUCUGUACCGCCGGAUGUACUGCCAUGGUAUUGUAUUGUUUGGAGGAUUGCGCGCUGCCAAUGACUUCCCAUCUAUUACGGUUUUCAUGUACACGGAGAACACGGAGAACAUGGAGAACAUGGAGAACAUGGAGAACACGGAGAACACGGAGAACAUGGAGAACACGGAGAACACGGAGAACAUGGAGAACACGGAGAACAUGGAGAACAUACCUUAUUCCUUAUUCAGGCAAAUAAUCUGCUGCUAA